AUGCCGUACACCAGCGCUGAGGGUGAUAGUGACGGACAUAGGAACACUGAGAGACCAGAGGAAUGCCUUGUCAGUAGAGCCCAUGUAUUGGCUAAUCUCAUGGGGAACGCAAGUGAAGAUCUGUGUUCGCUUGUCACAGCCAUGGCCGCGGAGAUUCGGCAAAAGGAUCUAGAGUUGAAGGCUGCAGAAGUGCAGAUCUGCAAGCUCGAAAAUGCAGUCAGCGACUCCACGAAGAGGCUUCUUAAGACUUUGCCCACUUCAUCACUCGAUGACUCAAGGCUCCGUGGAGAGUAUAGCACGCUUCGUGGGUCUGUUGAAGACUGGGUGUGGCUUUUGCCUGCUGCUACACUCACCCAAGAAUACCAAAGCAACAUGGCACAACUUCCGGCAGAACAUGCUCUGAGGUUUUCUGUGCGGUUAUUUGUCAACAAGAACUUCAUGAUCUCCCUUGAGACGAGCAUGGGGGAACUAAACGGAGAUAAAGAAGCAAUAAAUGCCUGGAGGUCCAAUACCAUGCGCGCUCAUGUUAUCAGAGAGGCCUAUAAUAGGGAGCUGCAUGCGCAGAUAGGAACGCUAAACAGUGAAAUACUGAGCACGCUUUCCUUUAUUGACAUAGACCUAUCCGAUCCCCUAGGGGUAAUGGAUGAUCUCCGACGUCGAGUAUUACUGCCCGCUGCAAAACUCGCAGAAGAAAUGAGCUACACACCCGAAUCAUAUCAUUGGAAAUGGUACGACAAUAGUGAUGAGGAGCUGCGAGAACUCAAGAGACUCUCAAAAUCUAGUGUUACGAAAUUUGUCAUCGUUGAUAGCCAGACGCACAACGAAGUCAAAAAAGAAAAACUGGCUGUUUUGCCGUCUAACCAAAGAAUAGGUCAAUGCCUCCUGGUAAUCUUUCCAGCCCUCUUUCGACAAGGAAAUGGCAAUGGGACAUGGAUACAGAUUGAGAAGGCAACCAUCCUUGUGAAGCUCAGUGAAACUGUCUCUGCCCAUCUAAAUCGUCAGAGCCAGCUCCAACGGGUUAAGAAAGAAUCCGAGGAUGACCACAUGGACGGCUUAGAGUCUCCUUCCAAGAAAGAAAGUCUUCUGGUGAAAACGGAGUACGAUGAUCUCCAGCCGUAUUCUCAAGCGCAGUGAUAGUGAUCAUGGAACGCGGCAGCUCCAUAACUGACCGGAUAUGACGUUGCUAUUCUGGUCCGCUUGACACAUUCUUCAUGUUUUCAACGGUGGAAUCGAAUAUUGAUUUCUUUUUGUGACUCCGGAUUAUCUUUCCGAAUUGUUUCCUCUUCAUUUCUACCACCAGCACUCGAGCCAUAAAUGCCCCUCUGAAG